AUGUCUUAUCAUGUCCCUCCCGUGACCCUCGAAGACCUCCAAGCCUUUCAAGCCAAACACUUCCCUGCGACCCUGAAGCCCCCCGCAAUCCCACCCCUCGACACAUACACCGAAAACCACUAUUCUAACGACGAAGCCGACGAAGAAGACAACAAGGAUGACGAUCUCGGCUACUACCCCGACGGCGUAAAGCGCACGCUUACAGACGAGCAGAUCCGCAUCUUCCGCCAUAGUGAGGUCCACGCGCUUCUACGCGAAAGGCAGAUCGCGAAAGAAAAUGAGGAGUAUGAGAGGCAAUAUGGCAGUGGCGCUGAACCUGGACCUCGGGUCGAUCCUCAGGUUCAGGCUAGUGGGGACCGAAGUGGGAGUUCGAAGGAGAUGGAAGCCCUCUCUGGCUCUGCCUCUCCCAAGCUUCGCACGGCAGCAGUAGCCGGCAGAAAACGCUCCGCGGAGGAUGCUGGAUAUGGAGCUGGCGUUGGUUCGCAUGCUACAGCCAGGAGGAAGUCGCUGUCAAAGCCGUCAACGAAGUCGAGUGCCCCGAGGGAUGUGCACAUGGAUUACAACGAGGAAAGUCCUGCUGCUGCUACAGCUACCAGUCAGCCUAGGGGGAGGCAGGCGGCUUCUCAGUUCAUGGGUCGCAGAAUCAUUUCGUCUUCCGCUUUAUCUAUACCCAGCAAGACGCUCAACAACUCGAAACGAGAACGCGAACGAGAACGCGAGCGCCAUAUGCUUAUAUGUGGCCCUCAAUGGGGUUGGUAUUUUGCUAACAUAGCGCAGAUGUUGCUUGCUUAUAGUUAUCUUUGUCAUCAAGUCAACUGUAUGCGCCCGGGCUUUGGAACUAUAGCCCAAAAGAACGCUACGCCAAUGAGCAAGCCUACCAUUAUCGGCUGCAGAACUAUGACACCCGCUCGAGAAGCUAUCGCUCCCGUCAAAAAUGGGAAUGCAGCACAGCCAACUGAUCCAAAGCUGGCGGCGAACCCUGAUGGAGUGUCAGUACUCAAUGAUAUAUAUUAUCUGUCUCGUCACGCACCUAUCGCCCCGAGAUGGAGCUCCUGUGGAACCACUUGGCCAGAACAUCAGCUGGAAACCGAGUGCCAGCGUGAUGUAUACGAAGACCAUGCGUCUCUCGCCGAACCGAUGCGUGAUGUCUGCCAGAGCAACGCGACCCAGGGUGAAGCCGCACCAGAAGACGGAUGCAACCUAUACGCCCAAUCUGCCGUUGAGUAUAGGGUAUGGUUUACCGCCCAGGGUUAUCUCAGCUCCCGAAUAAAGAAAGAAGAACAUGGUGAGAAACCAAAGCGACCGAUGUGCCAGCGUCUCGCGCAACUCUCUCCCCGCAGCCUCCUUAGCCCCUUCACUAUUUGGCUUGAACAGCCCAUGCCGGAACGCCCAAGCCGCAAACGAAGCGUUCGUCGCACCCAGCACAAGCGAGAUGAGAUAGUAAAGCUGCCACCGCGGCACCCGCGCCGCAAUUGUAUUCGCAACAAGCGGAGCCAGAAUUGUUCCCACCCCAUACAUCGCAUGAAGGAUCCCCAGCCAGCGAUGCGAGUUACGCACUGUCACCGUGAAGCUAUUCGCCUGGGCGUUGGCAAUCCCGCAGCCGAAACCCGUGAAGAGGAACGCCGCCAAGAAGAAGGGGAACGAGGGCGCCCAAAACAACAGUGCGAAGCCGAUGCAUUGUAUUGCGAUCCCGAGGAGCAGCGUCCCGCCAGUGCCUAG